AUGGCAGACAUCAGGGCAGAAGCUGCGAUUGAUCCCGCACUUAUACCUCCAUUAGAUCUGGCCCUGUUCACCCCAACGGACGCAGAACUAGUCUUUCUUCGGAAAGCUAUUUCAACUGAUUACGAGGAGAUACGAAGGCGAGUGAUAGAAGUACAGAAAGAAGCAUAUACAAAGUAUCCAUAUCCGUGCAUCCGCGCGUUCCAUCAUGUUAGCUUGAUGAUGACAGCCAACCCGAUUUAUCAAACGGUGCUUAAUGCCAGUAAAUUGGGCGAGACGCUUCUUCUUGACUUGGGAUGCUGCAUGGGUACCGAUGUCCGCAAACUUGUCCAAGAUGGGUACCCCGCCUCGCAUAUUCUUGGCUGUGAUCUGCGACAGGAUUUCAUUGACCUAGGCUUCAAGCUAUAUUCCGAUGGGGAAACCUGCCCGAUACACUUCUUUACAUCAGACAUCUUCAACUGUCCUGUAGAAUUCGAAUUUGGUCGGGAUCCGAGCGCCAUCACGCCUGGCGCGCGGAUUACAGAGCUAGCGCAGCUAACAGGCUCGCUGACCCAUAUUUACGUAGGCGCAUUGUUUCACCUAUUCGACGAAUCAACCCAAUAUGCAAUUGCACUUCGUCUUGCUUCUUUGCUAAAACGAAGGAGUGGGGCGGUGAUAUUUGGAAGACACAGAGGCCUCGAGCAGGAAGGCAUGAUUGACGACCAUUUAGGCCGCAUUCGUUAUGGUCAUUCGGAGCGCUCAUGGCCUGUAAUGUGGAGAAAGGUCUUCGGCGAAGCUGAAGGUGAUGAAUUUGCUACGUCGCGUGUGCUGGUUGAGGCAAAGAUAAACGACUUCGAUCAUACCAUCUUUGGUACCAGAAGGCAAGGGAAAAUGCUGGUCUGGCAUGUCAUAAUAUUGUAA